UUGAAGUCAUUCGGACUGUUGUAACUCUUUAAAGUAAUCGUUAAAGAUUUGCGAGAAAUGGCGAAGUUAACAAUUUGUUUAGUUCUCAUCGGUUUGCUGAUUGUGGCUCAAGUCAACGAAGCUGGUUUUUUGAGGAAAGUUAAAAAGAAAAUUGAAAGAGUCGGUAAAGAAAUCAACAAAGGAAUAAAUAAGGUUGGAAAUGUUGUUAGUCGUCCAAUUGGAGCAGUCCUGCGUCCGAUCGUUCAACUGCUGCCGAAGAAGCGCGUGCAAGAGAGAGUGGACGAGAAGGAGGUGGCUGGCAACCCCGCUGCGCUGCCAGUUGCUCAGGAGUCCUUUGAAGUCGGUAUCGUUCGUCUGCACAACGAACUCAGAAACAUGGAACACGUUCCAGGACAUGUGGCUUGGGACCAACCACUGGCUGAUCUAGCGAGACAGUGGGCCGUCCAAUGCAGUUUGAGUUACCCUGUCUACGGUGACAGCAGGGACUUGUACGGUCAGAACGUAUUUGCAACCACCAGUGCAACUGCAGAGCCGAUUAAUGCCAUAAACACUUGGUACAGUUACAAACCAAACUACAACCCAGCCACUGGCGAUUGUAAUCCAGAUACCAUAUGCACACCUUAUCUUCAAGUCACAUUGCCAGAAAGUACUUUUUUGGGUUGCGCUCAAGUUACUUGUCCAACGUUCUCACAUGCCCAGACCACAACAAGUGGUUCCAUGAUCUUUUGCUUGUAUGCUCCCAAUUAAAUAUCAACAAACUAAAUAAAAUUUAAUUGUUUUUUAUUUCAUUUGUUUUUUUUUCAAAUAAAACCAUGUUUUGAAUUUUUUUAAUUCAAUGUAAUUUGUCUCAAAUCAGUAUGUAAGAGAUGUGCGAUUGUCACAUGAAAAGCAAAACAGCAGUUUAAAAUUUGAACAAUUUAAUUGUAAAACACUUGUUUAAAAGCAGAAACUUCAAUGCUUAAAAA